AUGGCGAGAUGGUGGCUGUCGAUGCAGUGCACAGCCAUCCCCAACACCAGCGGGCAGGCGGAGACCCGCCAGCUCACGCUGAAAGGCAGGUGCGCUUGCCACUCCCACCCGAUGACCUGGAGCAGGAAGGAGCAGAGCCACUUCUGCUGCGGCGGCCAGGCCAAAGAGCACAUCAGCGAGAAGCUCGCAGAGGAAUGCAAACCGCCGGCGGAAAAGACGAGGGCACAUUACGUGGUCAGAGCAAGGAAAAAAAGCACGCGUAGUGCCAACACCCACGUCAGCUACGAGAGCCAG